CACAAAGCAAUGGCAGUUUGUUUCAUUCUGGGACUCGGGUCCCUUGUUUCCUGGAACAGCAUGUUGACAAUAGGGGAUUAUUAUUACCAACUGUUCCCCAAAUAUCAUCCUGCAAGGGUACUUACCUUGGUCUAUCAACCAUUUGCAAUUGGAACAAUGAUAAUACUGGCAUACUACGAGUCAAAGAUCAAUACUAGAAUGAGGAAUUUGGCUGGAUUUACUCUUUUCUUUGCUAGUACUUUCCUUGUUCUUGUUUUGGAUCUAGCAACAUCAGGAAAAGGUGGCAUUGGACCUUAUAUUGGUAUAUGUGUGUUGGCUGCUUGUUUUGGAAUAGCAGAUGCUCAUGUUGAAGGUGGCAUGGUAGGAGACCUGUGUUUUAUGUGCCCUGAGUUUAUGCAGUCCUAUCUUGCUGGUUUGGCUGCAUCAGGGGCUCUAAUUUCUGUUCUGAGAAUUCUGACCAAGGCGGCUUUUGAUAGAGCUCAUGAUGGACUUCGCAAGGGAGCCAUUCUAUUCUUGGCAAUCUCCACCUUCAUUGAGUUUCUUUGCAUUAUCCUGUAUGCAAUCUACUUCACCAAUUUGCCCAUAGUGAAAUAUUACCGUUCAAAAGCAGCCUCAGAGGGAUCAAAAACUGUUUCAGCUGACCUGGCUGCAGCUGGCAUUCAAACAAUGACUAAUGAUCAAGGUGGAUAUAACACACAAAAGCGGUUGAGCAACAAACAAUUAUUUCAUGAGAACCUUGAUUAUGCAGUUGACUUAUUUUUUAUAUAUGCGUUAACACUGUCAAUCUUUCCUGGAUUUUUGUAUGAAAAUACUGGAACACACCAGUUAGGCUCAUGGUACCCAGUUGUUUUGGUUGCUGUGUAUAAUGUCGUUGAUCUCAUGGCUAGAUAUAUUCCCCUUGUGCAAUGGCUGAAGUUGGAAUCCAGAAAGGCUCUACUAAUAGCAACCCUUUCUCGAUUCUUGCUGAUCCCAGCAUUUUACUUUACAGCAAAGUAUGGUGACCAAGGAUGGAUGAUCCUGCUUGUGGCAUUUCUGGGACUCACCAAUGGCUAUCUCACUGUUUGUGUUCUGACGGUGGCACCAAGAGGUUACAAGGGUCCAGAGCAGAAUGCUUUGGGCAAUUUGCUUGUCCUGUGCCUUUUAUGCGGCAUAUGUGCGGGGGCCGUUCUUGACUGGUUGUGGCUCGUAGGAAAAGGAUCUUUCUGA